AAUUGACAUCAAUCACCCUGUGUGGAGUGUUGAAAAAAAAAGAAAAAGAAAUAAGAAUAAGAAUUUUUUACGCGAAAAAAAUUAUAUAAUUCGGGAGUGUUGAGAAAUGUCCGGAAAGGAGGGCAUUCCGGGCAUUCCUGUGCAACUUCCAAAAAUGGGAUGCGGUGAGAAACCCAGUGAGGAGAUAAUCCAACUGGGGAGAUUUAUGAAGCAUCAAAAAAAUUGGCGGAAUGACACAAAACUCGCCGUGAAGGUGUUUCCGGACACGGGUCGUGGACUCAUCUCCCGGCGUGCUAUUGAGAAGGAUUCUGAGAUAAUUGAUUUGCCAUUUGAUGCAUUGAUUAGCUUAAAAAGCAUCUCAGAUGAUGGGGAAUUUAUGCAGUUGCUGGAGGAAGUGAGUGGGGAGAUGAAAUGGAAGGUACAGACACUCCUGACAUUGUAUCUCCUGUGGAAUUGGCAUGUUGGGGAUAAGUCCCCGUGGAAGGACUACCUGAGGAGUCUUCCCACCACACUGACACAUCCGCACUUCUGUUCGGUGGAUGAACUCGUGGCAAUUCCCGUGAUUAGCGAAAGAAUUAUUGAUUCUGUGAAUCAGAGUGAAGUUAGGGAGGUACAGAAGUACUUUGAGCACACCCUAUGCCCCUGCUGUGGUGGCAAAUUCUUCCCGGAUAUCUUCCCAAAGAGGAAAUUCAUUGAAUUCUAUCUCAUUUGCAAUUCCCGGACGGUGUAUGUGCCUCCGGACACGGUGAGGAUGAUGCUGCGGGGUACAAGGGUGCUUGGGAUGAUAUCAAAUGAUCCUAAUAUGGCUCUUGCACCCUUCCUGGAUCUCUUCAAUCACAGUGGCGAUACCAAAACAAUGUGUAGCCUAGCGCGAAAGGGCACAACCUACUUCUACACCCUCAAAACAUCCUCCAGCUUCAGACGAGGAGAGCAAAUCUUCAUCAACUAUGGGCCACAUUGCAAUAUGAAGCUCCUCAUUGAGUAUGGGUUCUUCCUUCCGGGGAAUUACAAUGAAUUCAUUGAGGUCUCCCUGAAGGACAUUGAGGAUUUGGUGAAAAAUCUCCGGCGCUCACAGAAGAAUCUUCACAUUCCCAGCAAUAAAUUUCGCUAUAUUCGUGAUCACAAUCUCCAUGAGAAAAUGUUCCUGGAUGCCGAUGGGUUUAGUCAUAAUUUAUCAAUUGUUCUGCAUUUUCUCCUCAUUGAUGGGAAUAUCUAUGAGAAUCACUACCAUCCCGUUGUUUUUGGGCAACUUCCCGACGAACAGAGUCUCAGGGAGUACAAGAAGCACCUGAUAAAUCUCCUCCUGGAGCGCUAUCGUGACUCCCUGGUGAAUCUCCAGCACGUGGAGAGAUUAACGGAAAGUGGGAUGAUUGUUCGGGAUUUUCUCAAGUGUCGCAUUGCUUUUAUGAGCGAUUGUUUGAAUAAAUACUAAAAGAAAAUGAGAGAGAAA